AUGAGCAGAGGUUUGGAUGAGCUGAUGCUUCCUGCUCUGUCUGGUUGCUCCCUGCCCCAGGUCUGGUCCCUGGAGCAGCCGGACUGGCACUGUAAGAUCGACGAGGGCUCCGCGGGAUUGGUGGCUUCAUGCUGGAGUCCGGACGGGCGUCACAUCCUCAACACCACCGAGUUCCAUCUGCGAAUCACGGUGUGGUCCUUGUGCACCAAGUCUGUGUCUUACAUCAAGUACCCCAAAGCAUGCCAGCAAGGGAUGGCUUUCACCAAGGACGGGCGCUACAUGGCCGUGGCGGAGCGGCGCGACUGCAAGGAUUUCAUCAGCAUCUUCGUCUGCAACAACUGGCAGCUCCUCAGGCAUUUUGACACUGAAACCCAGGAUCUGUUUGGGAUUGAGUGGGCUCCCAAUGGCUGUGUGCUGGCAGCAUGGGACACGUGCCUGGAGUACAAGGUCCUGCUGUACUCCCUGGACGGGCGGCUGCUCUCCUCCUACCGCGCCUACGAGUGGCCCCUGGGCGUCAAAGGCAUCGCCUGGAGUCCCAGCAGCCAGUUCCUGGCCAUUGGCAGCUUUGAUGAAAAGGUGCGUAUCCUGAACCACGUGACGUGGAAGAAGAUCACGGAGUUUGACCAUCCAGCAACCAUUUCCAGCAAAAAGACUAUUGUGUAUAAAGAAGUGGAGAAAUCCCCAACUGUUGACACAGAAAGACUUACUUUCCCUCCAACAAGAGCAUUGGCUAGUUCUCUCUUCAGCACACAGAGUAAAUAUGACAUUUCCCAGGUGCCAGUUUCUUUACAGUACAUCAAACCAGUUGCUGACAGGGCAAAUCCCAAAGUAGGAGUUGGGAUGUUGGCCUUCAGUGCAGAUAACUGUUUCCUGGCAACCAAAAAUGACAACAUUCCCAACGCUGUGUGGAUCUGGGACAUCCGGAAGCUGAAGCUGUCGGUGGUGCUGGAGCAGCUGUGCACCAUCCAGGCCUUCCAGUGGGACCCCUGCCAGCCCCGCCUGGCUGUGUGCACAGGCAGCAGCAGAGUCUACCUGUGGUCCCCAGCUGGCUGUGUGGUCGUGCAGGUGCCUGGGGAAGGUGACUUCCAGAUCACAUCUAUCUCCUGGCAUUGCAGUGGGGACUCCAUGCUGCUCCUGAGUAAGGAGAACUUCUGUGUGUGUUACUUGGAAAGAGAAGAGGUAAAAUAA